AUGGACGGCGAAGGAACAGAACUCGUAGAGGCCUAUGACUACCUCUUCAAAUUCAUAGUCAUAGGAGAAGCGGGAACAGGCAAAUCAUGUCUACUGUACCACUGCAUUCACGAGCAUUUCAAGACAAAUUCUCCACAUACCAUUGGCGUCGAGUUUUCUAGUAGGACUUUACGUAUAGGAGACAGAAAUAUCAAACUACAGCUGUGGGACACAGCUGGACAAGAGAGGUUCAGGUCCGUCACUAGAUCGUAUUAUAGGGGUGCCGCAGGCGUUGUGCUGGUGUAUGAUAUCACAUCACGGCAAUCGUUCAUGAACCUCGGCAGAUGGCUAGCAGACUGUAGAGCAUUGGCUUCACCUCAUCUGGUGGUAGUCUUGGUAGGAAACAAGCUGGACAGGGAAGAAGAGAGAGAAGUGGAAUACUCGGAGGGUUCCAGAUGGGCACAGGAGAACAAUCUCAUAUUUGUGGAAGUAUCAUCCUACACUGGUGAAAACGUUCAAACCCCCUUCCUCCUCGCCAGCCGCACAAUCCUCUCUUCCAUCGAUGCUGGCACCCUCGACCCAGAUCUUGCUGGUACAGGCGUCAGCUAUGGCGAGCGCCAACUACGUGCUGUGGGAAGCGUUUCAAGGCUUGGCGGGGCAUUUGGGUCGACGAGGAGAAAGAGACGGGGGGACAGCGUUAGUCUGCGAGAGAUGGUUGGCGAAGGGCGCUGUAGUAAUUGCUAG